GUUGGUGGUAUCAUGUCUGAGGAGAUCAUCUCCACGGAUGGUGGGUAUCAGAUAGUACCAGUAGUUGGAGCUGAUGCUGGUGGUAUUAUAAUGAUAGCAGGGAAGAGGAGGAAGCGUGAUACGCGAUGGGGACCCAGGAAGCACAUCAAACUGGGCAAACGUUUGUCAACGGUGGAUGACAAACCGUAUAAGCCGUUGCCUUUGCUGGACGUACCGUGUGGUCUGGGCUGGAAGCAGAUCGAUCAGAUGAUGAGAGAGAUAAGAUUGGAGGACUUGGACAAUAAGCUGAGAGCUGAACCGAUAAGGUUGGAGUUGGGCGACCCAGAUAUCCGACCACCGUCUCCACCGCCAACGUAUGACCAACUUGGUACUCGGACGAAUGAUCGUACUACUAGAGUGAAGAAAGCAAUGGAAGGAGAGCAUAAUAGGCUAGUCCGGUAUAUGAUGGCUACUGUGAGAGACUACAUACCUCCCGAGACGUGGAACAAGGCUAGGUUGGUACGGAAGAUCAUCAUACCGCAGAAAAAAUAUCCCGACGUACCGUUCAUGGCGAUCAUCGUGGGCGCACGAGGAACUAACCAUAAGCGUUUACAGAUGGAGUCGGGGUGUCGUAUUGAGAUUCGAGGGAAGGGAAUCAACGCGAUGAAUCAGACCAUAGAAGAGCAGAAUAUGCCUCAACACGUUCAUAUCGAGGGCGAUACUGAAGUCAACUUGAUCAAGGCAACUGCUUUAUUGGAACCAUUGUUGGACCCGACCCACCCUGACUUUGCCAGAGCUAGAGCCCUUGGUUUGGAGCAGUUGGCUGUGGUGAAUGGUUAUACCACUCAAGUGCAGCACAUACGUUGUGGCCUAUGCCAGGCUAUGGGCCACCAUGCAAGCCAGUGCCCAGAGUUCAACAAUGUGGAGAUGUCGUAUAAGAUGGCUGAUGUUAAGUGCGAUAUCUGUGGGGAUAAGGGGCAUGCUACUAUUGACUGUCCUCAAAAGGGCACGGCUCAGCAGAAAUCUAAGGAGUGGCGAGAGGAGGCUGAGGAGAGGGCUAAGGUUGAUCAAGAAUACGCCGACCUUAUCAACAACCUAGCUGAAGAAAAUGAUCCUCUGAAGUCUGGAGGCCUGCAGAAUGGCUCUACAGGAUCGAUUGAAGAGGAUGGGAACGAGAUUCUGAUUCCCUUCAAGGACGUUGAUCAGUCUAACAAGGACGCAAGAAACUGUCCAGUCCAGAUCACUGGUCCGGCUGGCGCUAUCGAGCAAGCUAAGGAGAAAAUACGGGAAUGGUUGAAGAAUCGCGAGGCAGGAGCUAAUGCGCAGAUCCCUAUGGUGCUCGGAGUACCUGGAGAUGAGGAACCUAUUCGUUUGCCUGCGACACUCGUUGGUGUAUUCAUUGGUCAUAAUAGUCAGAACUUGAAGGCUCUGGAGCGGGACUUGGGUGUUGGUCUUAUGCUCGGUAGUUUACACCUUGCAUAUCUGCUCUUCUUUAUCUGGAUCACAUCUCUGCCCCUCGACCCUUAA